UUUAAGCCAUGAAAUCCGUGUAGGAGAAGUUACACGUCUCGUCCUCGCUCUCUCUCUCUCUCUCUCUCUCUCCGUCUUUGCCUUCUAGAGUGAGAAACUAAGCUGUGUGUUUGGAGAGAGAAAAGAAAAAAAAAAGAAAAAACGCUAAUUUUCCGGUCUCUUCGGCAUUUCCGCCGCGAAAACGAAAUGAAAAAUUAAAACCAAAAGAAGGAUUUUUUUGGUUUUCGGCUUUGAUUUAGAGCAAUUUCCCGUCAGUUGUGGCGAAAAUUUAUCACCUUUUUAAUGUCACCAAGACCUUCCUGGGUUAUACCUUCGCUUACUUGUUCUUGCUACGCCAUUGUUGCUUCUUUUUCUUGCUGAGAAUCAAAUGCCGUACUGAUUGUUGGGAUUUGAUUUGGUUUUUUUUUUUGGGAGUUUUUGGAUAAAAGUGAAAUUGGCUUGAGCCAAAAAAAAGUCCUUUCGGAGUGGUAUUAUUUUCUUUUUUUCAUAGGGUUGGGUUGAGUUGAGUGCAGUGUUAGAAGUGAAACAAAAAUAAAUAAAUAAAUAAAUGGGUGACACUGAAGAAUCACGCGGUGGUGAUAUGAUGCAAAGGCUUCAUUCUUCAUUUGGGACUUCUUCUUCUUCGUUUCUGAAACAACCUUUAGCCAUGGACCAACUCAACAUACCCCAAUUCAACCAUUCACAAAUUCGUUCUCGCCAUUUCCAACAGCAGCAAAGCUUUGCUUCUGGGGAUACUACAAAAAGAGUUGGUAUUCCUCCUUCACACCCACACCAGAUCCCACCCAUUUCGCCGUAUUCUCAGAUCCCUGUCUCCCGUCCGGUGAACCAGCAAAUGGCUCAGAAUUUCAGUCCUGGACCUACCCAUUCCCGAUCCUUAUCUCAACCAUCGUUUUUUUCCCUUGAUUCACUACCCCCACUAAGCCCUUCACCGUUUCGUGACUCUCCGUCGACUUCAAUUUCCGACCAGCUGUCCGCCGAUGUGUCUAUGGAGGAUAGAGAUGCCAGUUCACACUCUUUGUUGCCACCUUCUUCUCCUUUUGCCAAAGGUACUUCUCCAAGGGUCGGUGAGAGUUUGCCUCCUCGUAAAGCUCAUAGGCGGUCUAACAGUGAUAUCCCAUUUGGGUUUUCUACUGUUAUGCAACAAGCUUCUCAGCCAUUUAUACCAUUGAGGAGUUGUGGUGGUUUGGAGCGAUCGGUUUCGGGUAGAGAAAAUUCUGGGGUGGCAAAGCCUGCUCAGUUGGUUAAAAAGGAAACUAGCUGGGAUACUGGUGGUGAUAACAAUGCAGAAGGGAUGGGUGAGAGGAAAUCUGAAGGGGAAGUUGUGGAUGAUCUGUUUUCUGCCUAUAUGAAUUUGGAAAGUAUUGAUGCAUUGAACUCAUCGGGGACUGAUGAUAAAAAUGGAAAUGAGAAUCGUGAGGACUUGGAUAGCAGAGCCAGUGGGACUAAAACAAAUGGAGGUGAUAGCAGUGAUAAUGAAGCAGAGAGCAGUGUAAAUGAAAGUACAAGUAGUAUGCAAAGAAUGGGGCUGAAUUCUUCUACAGAGAAGAGGGAAGGAAUCAAAAGGAGUGCUGGUGGUGAUAUUGCUCCCACCUCUCGGCACUACAGAAGUGUUUCCAUGGAUAGUUUUAUGGACAAGUUGAAUUUUGAUGAGUCGCCUAAACUGCCACCUUCACCUGGAACGCGUUCAGGACAGCUUUCACCCAGUAAUACCAUUGAUGGUAAUUCUAAUACCUUCAGCUUGGAGUUUGGAAACGGUGAGUUCAGUGGGGCUGAACUGAAGAAAAUUAUGGCUAAUGACAAGCUUGCUGAGAUAGCAUUGACUGAUCCAAAACGUGCAAAAAGGAUUUUGGCAAAUCGACAAUCAGCUGCUCGUUCCAAAGAAAGGAAGAUGAGAUAUAUUUCGGAAUUGGAGCACAAGGUUCAGACUUUACAGACAGAAGCUACCACAUUAUCUGCACAGCUUACAUUAUUGCAGAGAGACUCUGUUGGGCUCACAAACCAGAACAAUGAACUGAAAUUUCGCCUUCAAGCUAUGGAACAACAAGCGCAACUCCGAGAUGCUUUAAAUGAAGCCUUAACUGCUGAGGUCCAACGCUUGAAGCUUGCAACAGCAGAGCUUGGUAGUGAUUCUCACCCUUCAAAGCGCAUGGUUUCGCCGCUUUCUGUUGGCCCGCAGAUGUUCUCGUUGCAGCAGCAGCAGCAACCUCCAUCCCAAUUCAACAUCCCUCACCAGCAACAACAACAACAACAACAAGCAUCCCAACCUCAACAACAGAAUGGUAGCUCAACCUCUAAACCGGAGUCAAAUCAAUAGGUUUUGAAGGAUGACUUGCCGUUGCAAAGUGGGGCAGUUCAUGUAAUUCAUUGUUGGUCUUUAAUAUACGUCAGUGUUACUUUCAGUGCAUUUAUUCAUUAGUUUUUCUGUCUCCAACAGAAACUCUUUUUAAAGGUGUUUGUGAUCAUAAAUUCAACCUGCAACGAGUGUCCAGCCCGGACUAUGGUAUUUAGGCUUUUUUGAUUUUGUUUUGUUGUACGACAUUAGAAGAGUGAAACUCUUCUGUUUUAAUUAUUUAAUUUUCCUUAGCGAAAAAUGACUUCAUUUUCUUUA